GCCACCGCUGCCGCCGCCACCACCUCCGUCAGUGUCAAGUCAAGUGAAGUAUCUGCAGGAGCAUCGGGCAGUGGUAGCCACACCAAUGGCCUCGCCCAUCAUAGACAGACGUGGCACAUUGUAGUUCCGCCAUCCAUUAUCCAAUAAUCUCUAUCAACAGCCACUGCCGCCGCUUCGUGCCGCCGCCACCGCCACCUCCAUAUCAAAAGGCAACUCCAGGUUAAGUUUGUUGGAAAGUUUAGUCUGCAUGACUGCCGAUCCCAUAUCCUUGUGCUUUUGGAUUUGUUUGCAGCCCGAUCGCUAUGUCCCCGGCUCCCCCAUCUUCCGCGACGCCAGCAGCCCAACGCCCCACGCCGCCCUCGAGGGGCCUAUAACAUCGCCGCCCACCGCCUCCGCCUCGUCUGCCAACGUCUCCUCCCCCGGCUCCACCACAUCGGGAGCAGGUCUUGGGACAGGAACCGGAUUAUCCAGAAGUCGAGGAGCCAGAGCCAUGACGGCAUCCUUGGCUCAUGCUCCACAAGGUAACCACAACUCGAGCAGCAACCACUCCAGUUCCGCCAAGUCAAAGCCUCCUGCUGGCUACAUGAGCACCCGCUCGGCAGCGAUGAUGGCCCUGGCUCUGGGCCAAUCCCCCAGCGACAAGUCACCGUCAGCUCCGCGAGCCAACUCCCCAGCCCCGCCGUCCAAGCCGCAUGCCCAGAUCCAGCCCCAGCCCCAAACUCAAUCGCCUCGUCCCAGUGCCAGAAGAAUCUCCAAUGCCUCGCAUCCGGGCAAUGCCUCCAGAUCAAAGCCCUCAACGCCCACGGCCACCCGGGCGGCUGCCCAGCUAAACGGCAGCGGCAUCUUCUCAGGCGGUAGCAACUCCAGCGGCUCGGACAACGAUGGAUUCAGUGCGUCCGGCUCCUCAGCGGCCACGGCUCUGCGGAGGUUGUACUUCAAGAGCGGGCGCAGCAUUAAGAACAAGAUCAAUGCCUCCACUUCCUCGGGCACGCCCCUCAACGGUCUGCCCCUGAACCCGGUCUCCAGUGCCUAUCACAACUCGGUGGGCGGACCCAUGCAUAACAUGACCACGUCGGGUGGAGUGCCCAAGCUGGUGGUCAUGGGCACCUCCUCGGCCUCCAUUCCGGACACAACCAUCAAUACGUCCACGGACUCGGCCUGCACGCUCAUCACGAAUGUGACCCACACGGACACGUCGGAGACGUGCGACUCCCUGGACCUGGGCGACAACUCGGGUCCAAGCGAGCCGCUAUUCAGCUCAUUGGAGGAGCCCCUGCUCACCGCCGUCCACAUCGAUUCGGAGCACGAGGACAGGGCGACGGGCGUCAAUGGACGUGGUGGUGGUGGCGGCGGCCGUGGCGCCACCGAGCUGGAACUAACGAGCUGCUCGAGGUAUCCGCCCAGGCCGGACAUGAAUCUGCAGGACAGCACCGAGAGCCAGGAAUCCUGUUUAUCCAUCCUGACCGGAGAACCCACUUCCACGACACCACUAUUAUCCUCGCAAAGGCGCCACCCAGCGGGCAGUCACUCACCGGGAAGCCAACAGCGUGAUCGGGAAAGGGAGCCCAGCACGGCACCACCGCCAUCCACCCGGGGGCGGGAGCACUUCACCUUUGACCCCCCGCAGUCGCCCAAGUCGGCGCGCAGCAGCGAAAAGUCCGCCAGUCACUUCUCCUUCAAGAGCUAUGCUAAUGAAGGGAGUGCUGGCGCUGGAGCAGGACUAGGAGCAGUUACUGGGACAGGAGGGGGAGGAAUUGGAGCCGGGGUGGGGGGAAGCCCCAGCACAGUGGCCGCCAGCGAGGGCGACGAGGAGGAUGACGAGCGUAGCGGCGACAGUGUCGGCAAUCGCAGCAAGAAACUACGUCCUCGGGAUCGGGACCCCAACCAUAUCUCGCCCAGUGUGUCGCCGUCGCACAGUCGUCGGGCUAGUCCCAAGCGAGAAAAGCGACGGACCACGCCCACCGCCUCCACGGGUGCCAUAGCUAAGGUCAGUUCGGCACCGCCCACCAUGAAGGAGGGCAACUUCUUCGGCAGCUCCAUGAAGCAAAAGCAACGGCAGAACAAUCAAAAUGUUCCACCCCACCAGCUGUCGCCAUCAUCAUCCUCACAGCAGCAGCGGAAGUACUCGUCCAGUUCCUCCAGCGGCAGCAGCGAGAGGUGCCUCAAGGAGGCAUUCGGUCCUGGCACCAUGUUCCCCUUCGAUCGGGAGGCCCUGGACUACGAGCGAAUCCAGAGGGAGUGCUUUGCACCCAGCUCCACCACCACGGCGAGCAACAGCAGUGACUCCGAUGAGGCGGAGAAUUGUUCGGUGUACGAGCGCAAGUCCGGAGCGGACAUCUUCCAGCAGUAUUCCCGACUCAGUCAUCAGGAGCAGGUGCUGCAGCAGCACUAUCAGGACCAACAACGGGAUUGGGAACGGGAUCGUCCCCCGUCGCGCAAAAACUCCAAACGCAUCCGGCCGGAUUCAGUGAUCCACACGACGAUUCGGGAGAACCAGCAGUAUGUGCCGCAGUCGGAUGCCUUCUAUCCCCAGGCCAAGUCCUCCUCCUCGCCCAGCGACCACUCCUACGCCGAGCUGAACAAGUUCGACGACAUUGCCAGUAAGUUUGAGCAGAUUCCUCCCAAGCACGGCUCUGGCUCUGCUUCCGGUUCGCGGUCGGGUUCUAUGCUGAACCUGCAUCACAUGAUGCCCAGUCCGGGCAGUGAGUCGGCCGUAAGUCCCACGGAUUCGGCCAGACGACGUUCUUUCAAGAACAAGCAGCGCAACAAGGAGGAGCAUUUCUACAUCCAGACGGAGGAUCGUACUGGAGGAAGUGAUAGGUCUAUCAAUGUGACCCCCAAUCCCCUAGAGGCAGCUGCCAUUUGCAAACAGCCCCGAGCUACUAUUGUCGUUCAGCAACCAUCUUUAAGUCUGGACAAUACGGUGGAGACGCUGCUGAUCAAGAACGAGGGCGACUUUAUCAGCGUGGAGCAGGGCAAGGAGCUGGUGGCCCGAAAGCGGAACUCCCAGCAACUAUCACAUCCACCGGCUCACUUGCAUCACCUUCCGCACCACGGCCACAACCAGCAUCCGCAUCCACAUCAGCAUCCGCAUCAGCACCACCAGCAGCAGCAGCAACAGCACAAGCGGGACGAGAACAUGCGCCAGCUGCUGGACGUAACCAAUACGCUGACCAUCGAGGAGCUGCGGGACUUUGAGAUGCGGUAUGGCUCACCCCAUCACAGCCGCUCCCAGUCGGUGAAGAUGCCCGGAAGCCGAGCAUCGGGAAGACCGAAUCAGUUAUGCCUGCCCCAACAGAGAUCCAGAGUGGCUUCCAUGCCGAACACCGGAGUGGAAGAGGAGUACUACAGGUUGAGGCACUUUUCGAUCACCGGCAAGGGCGUGGUCAAUCGCGGCGACUCACUAAAGAGCCGUCGCAGUCGCUCCAACAACAGCGUGGCCAGUUCGAAUUCCAGCACCGAGCACCUGACCGCCCAGCAACAGCUAUCCGCCCCCACAUCCACCUCCGCACGGACAUCGCUGGCAUCCAGCCGGGAGAGCAGCACCUCGAAUCCGGGCAAUGGGCCAUACAGAGUCCUAAUGCUAGGUGGCCCGGCGGUGGGAAAGAGUUCCCUGGUGUCGCAGUUUAUGACAUCGGAGUACCUGCAUGCUUAUGACACGAGCAUUGAUCUAGGCAACUGUGAUAUACGCAUACUAAUUGAAAAAGCCGCCGACGGUAAAAUAACAAAGCCACUGAACAAUAAUAAUAAUAAUCUUUUAAUUAUGCUACUAUUUAAUAUUUAAUCCAAAUAUCUUAAUACAAUUGAAACGCUUUUGAACUCUUCAAACCAAACAAUAAACUUAACCAAAAGCUAGAUAAACACUUUACCAACUAAUGCAUUUACCUUACGAAUUCCCAAUUGAGUUCUAUUACUUUUAUUAGACAAACUCCUCCCUCAGAGUUACCAAAAAAAAAAAACAAAAAACCAAAGUAAUAAAAAACCACACACCUGCCCACAAUCCACGCCCCGGAAAUUGGAGCACACCAGACACACAACGAACCACCCACCCACAACACACCAUAUCAGCUUAUAUAUUCGUAUAUACCAUAUAGAGUAGACCUUUCCAAUCGAUUGUCAAACGAUUGCGGCCUUUGUUUCGCUUGUGAUUUAUGGGCAGUUGGUCAGCCUUGAGGAUUGCCUUGCCACGAUAUUGAAAUGAUUAUGCACAUCACAAACAUUGCGAAUGAAAUUUAAUUAAUGAUUUGGUCAAAGGGGGCAGCCAUGCCACCCACAGUAGGUGGGGUUGCAUUUAUUGAUUGCCAUUGAGCACGAUGAACAAAUAAUGGCCUCUCAUAAAUAAAUGCCACAUAGAGCUUCUAUGUUUUUAAUUAAAAAGAGGGAAAAAAGUUAAAUGAAUAAUAAUUGAGAAAGCACUCACUCACUAACACAAACAAUAACAAGUCACACAAAAGCCUCGAGCACUUGCCACCCCUAAAUCCCAUCACCAUACCUAUUCAUGUUGCACAUUACAUUGCAUAUUCGUUGCGUCAAACUAUUGUAUAUUCUCCAUGAAUUAGCAUACAUUUGGGGGCAACACUUCCGGAGUACCUCCGGGCUUUGUACACUCAUUUUACUUGGCUAAUGGGAUAUUCAAAUUCUGGCAUGUAAAUUCUCCCCCUGACACUUGUAAAUAAUCCAAACCACUCCAAGACUGUGCACAUUCUCCUUGUUUUUGCACUGCACUGCCGAAAUUGUUAUUGUAAUUCAUUUCAUUGCUUGACAUUUAAGUUGGCAACUUGAUCGAAACUAUUCAGACUAUUUAUUGCAUUUCCAUGUUAUGCCAUAUACUAACUUGAUUCACUAUCUGACC